AAAGGAGGCGUUUCCUUUCCGGGCCAACUUGGCUGAAGUGUCACCAGGACGACACCGACAGACUUUAUCAGAAGUUUCUGCCCUGCCGGUGUCCCGGUCCAGACAUGGCUCCUAGCACGCAGCUGAAGGAGGCUAUAGCCGAUGUGCAGGACGGUAUCCGCGCCAUCCUGCUCGGACCCCCCGGAGCCGGGAAGGGCACUCAGGCCCCUCGGCUAGCAGAAAAGUACUGUGUGUGCCACCUGGCCACCGGGGACAUGCUGAGAGCCAUGGUGGCUUCGGGCUCCGAGCUCGGCAAGAGACUAAAGAAGACCAUGGACGCCGGAAAACUGGUCAGCGAUGAGAUGGUCGUGGAGCUCAUAGAGAAGAACCUCGACACGUCGGCCUGCAGGAACGGCUUCCUGCUGGAUGGAUUCCCUCGCACAGUCAAACAGGCAGAGAUGCUGGACGACUUGUUGGACAAGAGGCGCGAGCAGCUGGACUCUGUGAUUGAGUUCGCCGUCGAUGACUCUCUGUUGGUCCGCAGGAUCUGUGGCAGACUAAUUCAUCAGCCGAGUGGACGAUCCUACCACGAGGAGUUCAACCCCCCCAAAGAGCCCAUGAAGGAUGACCUGACAGGUGAGCCGCUCAUCCGCCGCAGCGACGACAACGAGACGACGCUGCAUUCCCGCCUGAACGCCUACCACCGUCAGACCGUCCCUCUGGUGGAGUACUACAGAGCUCGGGGCCUGCACACGGCCGUCGACGCCGCCAAGAGUCCAAAUGUCGUCUUCGCCUCCAUCGUAGCUGCCUUCACCGCCGCCACGGAAAUCCCGGCACGCGCCACCGCCUGUAAAGAUCAACUGGUUGAAUCCUGAGCUGCUCCAUUCCCACCGUGGCGGAGGAUUUGGAGCUGGGGAAAGAUGUCGGGUGGGUGGACAGACGGAGGGGAGGGGAGGGGAUUUCAAAGUGGGGGAGAUCCUGAGACUUUAUAAGAUGAGGAUAAUUGUGCGAUGCUGUGGGGCUCUAAUUUGUAAAAAAAAAUUAUGAUGAUAUUCCUCCUCAUGUUUCCCCUUCUAAUAAAUCCCAAGCUUUCCUA